GACCUGUCUGCACCUAACUUUUGGAGAGCCAUGUAUAUAAAGUGUAGGGUUGAACUCUGACUAGUCCCACAUCUCUUCUAGCAACAAAAUGAAGCUGAUUAUUCUGAGUGCUGCUCUUCUGGGAGUUUUUCUGGCCCCAAUCUUGGCCAGUAAUAAUGUCAAUGUAAAUAACCAGGGAAAUAGAGGAGGAAAUUCCCACCAGUCCGUGAGUAUCGAUCACCAAAAGCAGGUGGUGAAUGUUGACAAUAACAACGGAUGGCAUUCAUGGAACACCAUUUGGGAUUAUGGCAAUGGCUACACAGCUACCCGUAUAUUUACCAAGAAAGCCUGCGUUAUUGCACCUCUGAAUAAACAGAUAAUGCCCGAUGUGACUGUCCUUCCACAAACCAUCAAGGAAAAGCAGAAGAGUGGUUCUCAAGGACCUCCAGACAAGCAACUGACUUACACUAUCUCUCGGAAUAAAGUCACUGACCUGAGCACAUAUGGAAAGAGUAUUGAAAAUCUGUGCAGAGGGAUUCCCACUUACCUUGCCCAUGAAGUUAAAGCACCAAGUUUUCUCUAUGUCUCUGGAUCAUGUUUCAACGCUAACAUCCUUUGCAUCCUUGGAAUAAGCUUCUGUGGAGAAACUUGGGGAUACUGAUAAGCCUGUCAUGGCUCUUAUGUGGGAACUUGCUCAAAAUCCAAUUGUUCUUAGAUAAAAAUCUCUUUUGAGUUUUAUUCCAUUUUUGUUCCUUUUAUGCUUGAAGCAUAGAAAAAUGUCAACUGUAUACAGGCUAAUUGCCUAUUAAAUGUGCCUGAAAUGAUCAAAUCCGUGGUAAUUGUUGGUUCUUCACUUUUAUAACCUGUUCUUUCUUCAUCUUACCCUUUCAACAGCCCCAUGGGGGAGAUUUGACUGAGAGAUGAUGACCACA